GCAGCCGCAGUAGGAGAAGCUCUCACAGCAGCCAUCCAAAUGAGCUGAGAUGGAGGGAGGCCAGUUGCCAGCAAGCCCAGAGCGAGAACCAAGGGGAUGAUGGGGUGCUGCCGGAAAUUGCCAGCGGCGUGACUGCAAGGGGACCAGAAAGCAAACCAGAAAUACCUUCUUCGUAAAAGAAUCUUCAGGCACUCUGUUGGGAGCAAGCAAAGAAAAUGGAGCAUGAAAUGAAUGCAAUAGAAAAGGAAAAGGCACCACCAGAGAGUAAUGUUUCUGAUGCAAGAACUGCGGGAAAACGGAGCCUCUCUUCUCAAGUUGAUUUCAGUGCUCUGCCAAGCCAGGGUGCUAUUUUGCGUUCAAAGCAAAGAAUUCGGAAGCAUGCACCUGCCAGGCCUUGGAAAUCUCUGCCCCCUACUCCUACAGGAUUACUAGAGAAUGACCAGACAGUCUUCUUCUCUUCUCUGACUUCCCUCCAGGCUGAAGAAUUUUUUGACAUGGUGGCCACAAUCCAGGCCCGGAGGCUCAACGACCAGCGGGCUGAUUUCGCCGGGGCUGAAGGUGCAACUGGAGAGAAUUCUGGGAUAUCAGAAGAGCAGCUCUAUGACACUAUUCUGGCACACCAGAGCCAGCGUCUUGAGGAUCAGCGCACAGAGCCUCCUAUCCCAGUAGGAAUCCAAGGGCUGCUGGAUUUACUGCUCACAGCCCAAGGAACCCGCAUGGAAGAUCAGCGCUCCGCACCUCCUCCUGGCCUUGCUGCCCCCUCCUUGCUAAGAAGACACCCCUCCUUUCUACACGGAGUAUGAAACUUCUCCCAAGGGUCCCCUUUCAUCACUUGGGAUUUCAAGAGACUUUGGACAUGGUUAAAAGCUGGAACUGUGUUGACCUCAAACUAAGGUUUGCAGGGACUGAGAAAUCAAACGGGGCUAUGUUGGAAAACUUUGUACAGGGAAGGUACUAUGGCGUG